CGGAAACGUCCGCGCGCGUAUCUCCGACUGAACCAACUUAACCAACUAACCAACUAGCCAACUUGACCAUCUUAACGAUCUUAACGAAUUUCCUCCUUUCCAGUAAUGCUCAUUGGCAGUCAUGGCGCCGUAUCCGGGGUCUGAUGCAGACUACUUCAAGGACAAGGCGCGUAGGGAUCUGUUGACCCUCCUCGAAGGCGUACGCGGUAAGAAGAACCUCAUCGUCAGUCAAGACCUGGCUGGUCCAGUCGGACUGUUCGUCAAGUUCUCUUUGCUCCAAGAGUACGGUGUAGAUCGCGUCUUCCUCCUGGAAAAUGGCAAUGUGGACUCUUCUCAACGCAAUGUCGUCUUCUUAGCGAACGCUGAGAAGCUUGCUCAAGUGCGGGCUGUGGCAGGUACGUCGAUUUCUUCCUGUUUACCACCCUCAGCCCCUCAGCACGCCUGCUUCGUAAAAUAAGCUGGAUAUCACUCCUUCUACCUAGGAGAGUCUUGCUUGGGACAGACUGUAAAGCGCGCAGACUCCCCUCUACUCUACGUAGCCAGUCACGCG